CUCUUUUUCUUCUUCUUCGUUCCUUUCUUCGAAUUUCGCAUCCGCUUAAACUGUCGCUGUGAAUCUCUUAAUUCCGGUGACUCAUAGUCACAUUCGCUUGCUGCUCAAAUCUUUCGCCGUACUUGUUCACCGACGGCCAAUAUAUCCGGUGCUGGUGUUAACAGCAAGCAAUUUGAGGUGGAAGCUGAUUCGUUUAGAAUGGAUGCAUUUAGAGAUGCUAUAUUGCAGCGAGGUCCAAUUGAAAGCUUUGCGCUCAAGACUGUCCAAGAGUUUAUACAACCUCAGAAACAAACAAAGCUGGCCCAAGAUGAAAACCAAAUGCUUGAGAACAUGCUCCGGACGUUGCUGCAGGAGCUUGUGGCCUCUGCUGCGCAAUCAGGAGAGCAAAUAAUGGAGUAUGGUCAGUUGAUUGAUGAUGAUCAUGAUGAAAAUAUACAUGGCCAGAUUCCUCAUCUUCUAGAUGUUGUGCUUUAUCUUUGUGAGAAAGAGCAUGUAGAAGGUGGCAUGAUAUUCCAGCUGCUGGAGGAUUUGACGGAAAUGUCUACCAUGAAAAACUGUAAAGAUGUUUUUGGUUAUAUCGAAAGCAAACAAGAUAUAUUGGGCAAGCAAGAGCUUUUUGCACGCGGAAAACUUGUAAUGUUGCGGACUUGCAACCAACUUCUCAGGCGACUCUCAAAGGAGUAUUUCUGUAAUCCGGCUUCUCUUACUUCGGCAUCUACCAAGUGGCAGAAAUUUUCAUCUAGUUUGGCGGUUGUAUUAAACACCUUUGAUGCUCAACCACUAAGCGAAGAAGAGGGAGAGGCUAAUAGUUUGGAGGAAGAGGCAGCAACUUUCAACAUAAAAUACCUAACAAGUAGUAAACUAAUGGGUUUAGAGUUAAAGGAUUCGAGUUUCCGAAGACAUAUUCUUCUCCAGUGCCUCAUUCUGUUUGAUUAUCUGAGGGCACCGGGGAAGAACGACAAAGAUCUGCCAUCCGAAACCAUGAAGGAGGGACUUAAGUCAUGUGAGGAUCGCGUAAAGAAAUUGCUUGAGAUCACUCCCCCUAAAGGGAAAGAAUUCCUCCGUGCAGUUGAGCAUAUACUGGAGCGUGAAAAGAAUUGGGUCUGGUGGAAACGUGAUGGAUGCCCACCAUUUGAAAAGCAACCGAUAGAGAAGAAAUCACCUAACGCAGGGCAAAAGAAACGGAAGCAAAGAUGGAGAUUGGGCAAUAAAGAACUCUCCCAACUUUGGAGAUGGGCCGAUCAAAAUCCGAAUGCUUUGACUGAUUCUCAACGUGUACGAACGCCUGACAUUGCAGACUACUGGAAACCAUUAGCAGAAGAUAUGGACCCGUCAGCUGGCAUAGAGGAUGAGUACCACCAUAAAAACAACAGAGUUUACUGCUGGAAAGGUCUUCGGUUUACAGCACGGCAAGACCUGGAAGGAUUCUCUAGGUUUACUGAUCUAGGAAUCGAAGGAGUUGUACCUGUUGAACUGUUGCCACCUGAAGUACAGUCCAAAUUCCAAGCUAAACCGAGCGAAAAAGCGAAACGUGCUAAGAAAGAAGAAACCAAAGGUGGAGGAUCUCAGGACGCUGAGGGAAUCUAUAUUAGUGGUUCUACUAAUGAAGCGGAAGGAUUAAGAGGCGAAGCAGAGGCGAUGGAGAGUGAUGCUAUUGCGGACACUCCUACGCCUGAGGAACAACAAAGACUCGGUGGUUCUGACACAGACAACGGUCAAGAGGCCGGACAAAUCGAAGACACGGAGACAGAAGAAACUGGCUUGAUGGAUGCUGAUCUUAAUCAUCCUCCUAUGUCUAUCGCGUGAGUAGGCUUUAAGUUUGUGAACCCUUUCUUCAAUGGUGGAUCUUUUGGAUAUGAAGUUAGAAGGUGUUUUGAUGCUUAUCAAAUUAUGACAAGUACAAUUCUAAAUGUAUAUUGAGAAACCAUUACUCUUGAUGAAAUCCAUAGACCAGUAUGUUAUUGUUUGCGUAAAAUUUGAUAUGUUUUGCUGUUCUCAAAUUAUGAUAAAGUAUUCAAGGAAAAAAUAGUACUGUUUAGUGUAAAAUAUAAUUGUAAUUAAAAAAAAAAAUUGCA